AUGUCACACCUGCGUGAUCGCGCCCCGCUGCUGCUGCUGCUGCUGCUGCUGCUGAUGGUUUCCGUUGGCCCCGCCGCUGCGGCCGAGCUGACGGAGGCGGACUUCAAACGGAUGAAGAUCCGGGAGCUCCGCAGGUUCCUGGGGGAGCGCGGCCUCACCUGCGUGGGGUGCCAGGAGAAGUCCGACUUCUCGCGCUACGCCUACCAAAACCGCGACAAGAAGCCCCUCAGCGAGCAGGGGAAGCGGGACGUGCCCGACGCGCCGUUCUGGGCGGUGUGGCGGGACCUCGCUAAGGAGGUCUGCGAGGGGGCCGUUCGAAAGCGCGGGCUUGACGUCUCCGCGGCGCCACAGUCCGACGUCUGCGCCGCACUCGCCUACGUCACGGAGAGCUUCUUCAUGCAGCACGGGAAACGCACUGCAAGCAAGCUGCGCAAGAAGCCUGAGGCCCUCCUCAAGACGUCCUUCAAGGGCGUCUACUACGACGCCGGGCGACUGCUGUUGGAGCGGCUGGCAAACUACUGUCUGGCCUCGGCAGACCACCAAAGCACGUGCAGCUCGGUGGGCAAGCUGAUGACCCUCGCCGAGGAAGCGAAGGUCGUGGAUCUGCAGGGGUGGAUGACGAAUGUCGGCAUUGAGAACACCAACCCAAUGUAUGAGCUGCUAGACAGGCGCGACGACCUUUGA